AAUCGAUGUUUCCAGCUGACACAAACUCAUAAACUGAAGCAGAAUUCUCAGACAAGAAAUCUGAGCUCAAAAAAUGGAUCAAAAACACCCAACAAUCAACCCCCAAAAUGGCUUCAAUUCAAAGACAAAAACUUUUCACAGCUUAAGGCCACCCAUUAAACUUCCUCCUGAACAACUUCCUUCGACGGUGACUGCCCAUUCUCUCUCUCUCCAAGCCACCUCUCCUUGGCCUGACUCGGUUGCUCUCAUCGACUCAGCUACCGGCCAAAAAAUCACCUACCCCGAGUUAAUUCACAUGAUAAACUCACUUGCUUUUUAUCUCAAAACUGUUAUCAAACUAUCCAAAGGAGACACAGCUUUUGUUCUCUCGACAAACUCAGUUCAAGUUCACAUUCUUUACUUAGCUCUGCUUUCCAUCGGGGUCAUAGUUUCACCCGCCAACCCACUCAAUACUGUGUCAGAAAUCUCCAGACAAAUCGAGUUAUCAAAUCCAGUGAUCGCUUUUGCAUUGAGCUCAACUAUCCACAAGCUCCCCAAGCUUCGUUAUGGGACAAUUCUCAUUGACUCCCCCGAGUUUAACUCAGCCAUGCAAAAGAAACCAAGGUUUAAUGAUCAGGAUAUCGACCGAGUUGAAGUGAAUCAAUCCAACUUAGCUGCCAUCAUGUACUCUUCAGGAACAACAGGAAAAGUCAAAGCAGUAAUGUUGACUCACCGGAAUUUAAUCUCAGUAAUUACCGGCUAUUACUCUGUUAAAGAAGUAAAUAAAGCAGCGUCGGUUGUGCUUCAUACCAUGCCGCUUUUUCAUGUGUUUGGGUUUUUUUAUUUUAUAAAAUCUGUUGCAUUAAGUGAAACGUUGGUAGUGAUGGGUCGUUUCGAUAUUGAGAAAACGGUGAAGGCGGUGGAGUAUUUUAGGGUGCAGCGGUUGGCGACGGCUCCGCCAGUGGUGGUGGCAAUGCUUAAGGGCGGGGUGACGGAGGGUUUUGAUAUGAGUUCGUUGGAAUGGGUCGGUUGUGGUGGUGCUCCGCUUGGUGAAGAUGUGAUCGCCGCGUUUACAGAGAAGUUUCCAAACGUCCUUCUUACUCAGGGUUAUGGAUUGACUGAAUCGGGAGGGGGAGUUUUUGGAUUUGUUGGUCGAGAGGCAUGUCAGCGGUGGGGCUCAGUGGGGAAGCUGGCAGCUUAUUGUGAAGCAAAAAUUGUAGAACCUAAAACUGGUGAAGCCUUGCCUCCAUGCAAACAAGGGGAGCUUUGGCUCAAAGGACCCUGUAUAAUGAAAGGAUAUGCUGCUGACCCUGAAGCAACUUCAGCAACUUUGGUAUCAGAUGGGUGGUUAAGAACCGGAGAUCUCUGUUAUAUUGAUGAAGAGGGCUUUAUGUUUGUGGUGGACAGGCUUAAGGAACUGAUUAAAUACAAGGGUUAUCAGGUAAUAUCUCAAGAUCAGCAGCAGCUGAUGAUCGAUGUAUUGAUGGAUUUUCUUGUGCAGGUCGCUCCUGUAGAACUGGAACAAUUGCUUCAGUCCCACCCUCAGAUAUCUGAUGCUGCAGUGAUACCAUACCCAGAUGAAGAAGCUGGCGAGAUUCCAAUGGCAUUUGUAUCAAGGCAGCCACAAAGCAGCCUCAGUGAAGCAGAAAUUAUGGAUUUUGUUGCAAAACAGGUUGCACCAUACAAGAAAAUAAGGCGUGUAGCAUUCAUUGAUUCCAUACCAAAGAAUCCAGCGGGCAAAAUAUUGAGAAAGGAGCUGAGGAAGAUUGCCAUCCCCUCUGCAGUGCCUUCAUCUAAGUUAUGAUAAUUUCUCUUCAAUUCCUGAUGUGAUUAUUAUUUAACUGUAGCUCCAGGGAGCAAUACUUGUUAAUUUUAGGUACUAAAUUCAGCUAGCAAUGAUCAUUUUAUAACAUCUGCAUGCUAAUGCAAAUGCAUCCAUGGCCGAAUCUCAACCACCAUUUUUUCCAGUUUUCAUGCAGAAUUUCUCUUGAAUCUGCCCGUUGAUCGUUCCGUUUUAACUUCAAAUUAAAAUGAAAAUGGUUGGAUUUCACCAAUUUAAUAUGUACUUAACAAGGAAUGACAUGAAAUUCAAGCAUUAAGCUUCCCACCUGCACCCCUAAAUCCUAAUGUCCGUCUCCCCCACCCUUGGACAA